GGAGGGAGACAGCGAGAGAGAGAGGGAGACAGAGGCAGAGCCAGAAAGAGAGAGCGAGUGGAACGGGAGCUUACUAAAUAGCAGGCAGCCUCACUGCCAGUUCAAUUCUACGCACAGCUGCUACGUCUCAGGCAAAAAAAAGAGAGAGUUUCAGCGUCCCAGCUGAAAAGCGCGUGUGCAGGAAGAGAGGUCCUUCAGGGGAAGAUGGAUUCGGAUUCUGGGGAGCUGAGUGAAGGGGAACUCUCUCCAGGCCAGGAGAGCUUCAACUCCAAGAGCCUGGCCCUGCAGGCCCAGAAGAAGAUCCUGAGCAAGAUGGCCACCAUGGUGGUGGCCAACCUGCUUACAGACGACACCAGCAGCGAGAUCCUGGACGAGCUGUACAAGGCGAGCCGCGAGUACACCAAGAGCAAGAAAGAGGCGCACAAGAUCGUCAAGGACGUCAUCAAGAUCGCGCUCAAGAUUGGCAUCCUCUACCGCAACCACCAGUUCAGCGCCGAGGAGCUGGAGACGGUGGACCGCUUCAAGAAGAAGAUGAACCAGGCAGCCAUGACAGCGGUCAGCUUCCAUGAGGUGGACUACACCUUCGACCGGAACAUUCUCUCCGAGCUACUGCUGGAGUGCAAGGACCUUCUGCAUGAAGUCGUGGAGCACCACCUGACCGCCCGCUCCCACGGUCGCAUCGACCAUGUCUUCAACCACUUCGCUGACGUGGAGUUCCUCACCGUGCUCUACAGCCCCUCCGAGGAGUACAGACUCUACCUGAGCAAGAUCUGUGAGGGGAUCAACAAACUUCUGGAUGAGGGCGUGCUUUAACCCACAGGCCACCACUCCUUUCAAUUUCAUUCACUUCUCACCAUUCGGCUUCGUUUUCUGUUAAGUUCCCAUGCAUUCGAUGACCUGUGUAUUUUUUAAAGGGAUGAACGUGUUUCCAUGUGACCAUUACGUAUGUUGUUCCUUGCUACCCUGUGGGCAAUUUUAACAUUAUGUCACAGUUAUCCCAUGUGUGUUACUGAGAAAAGCCUUACUGUAUGCGUUCCCGAACAACAUUUUAUACACAGUUUGGCUUUCUACCGAUCACUCUGUGCCAAGACCAUAUGAUGAAGGUUAAAAACCACACACAGCCACCAUGCUAUGUACAGUAUGUCUGCUCACAUUUCAAAUGCCUGGUGAAAUGAUUUGAGGUGUAGCUUUGUCAACUAAUGAGACACACGUGACUUGUGUUGGGUAUAACCUUUACCGUACAGAACGCAAUCCAAAAAAAAAAUUGAAAAGAGAAUAAUGAACUGUAAAUACACAUUUUUUUCUCCUGUACUUUGUCACAAGUGGGUGUUAUGAAGUAUCUGAUAUACGCCAUCCAUCAACAAUCACAACUUUCUUGCCAAAUUGUACAUGAAUCACUUUGCAGCACUGUAAAAAAGCUUUCAUGGUGUCUUUAGUCUCGUGGGUGUACCAAAUGAGUCAGUCGAAGCCAUCCAGAGCCCCCAGAUUGUGCGAAUGUAUGGAUGUGACUGUUUCAGUAUCCUCCUUUACACCAGGGUGUAACAAUAUUGUCUUUUAUUAAAGAUU